CGUAUCUAUCUACUGCCUCUCUUUCGAGAGUUUUCUGAGUCCGUGCCAAAGCCUACACUUGCUUGCCGGUCGAUUCUCUGUGACCAAUAGCGACAAUGGCGACGGAGGAGAAGCUCCCGCUGCCCCAGCCCGCUCCCAUCGAGGACAAGCUAGCGGCGUUCAACACCGUCCCCCUCUUCAUGCGGUCUCUGCCGGAGGACGGCGCUGAGGACCCAGCCAUUGCUGCGCUGCAAAGCCUUGCAUAUGAGGGGACGCCAGAUGAGGUUGCGCAAAACUUCAAGGAGCAGGGUAACGACUACUACAAGGGGAAGAGAUAUCGCGAGGCGUUAGGGUUCUACACGCAAGGUGUGGACGCGAAGCCUACGGAUAAGUCGUUGCUAGAAGCUCUACUAUGCAAUCGCGCGGCUUGCAACCUGGAGCUCCAGAAUUACGGUUCGGUGCUCCGGGAUUGCUCAAGGGCAAUAGAGGUUAACAUCCAGUCGUCUAAGGCGUACUACCGUUCCGCUAUGGCGUUAAUUGCACUCGAGCGAUACGACGAGGCGUUGGAUGCCUGUGACCGCUGUCUCCAGUUCGAUAAGGACAACAGAACUGUACAGGCGGCGAGAGAUAAGGCGGCAAAGUUGAAGGAAACGAAGGAGCGUAAAGAGCGAGAGCGGCAGGAGAGGCUGCGACAAGAGCAAUUGAACAAAGAGAGGCUAAGGGCAGCGUACCAGGAACGCAAUAUUAUUGAUGCCCCAGUGCCUGACAAUGUGGCGAAGACCUCGUACGAACCACAUUUUGAUCCCGAAGACCCUUCCAACAACACCAUGAUCUUCCCCGUGCUAUUCAUGUACCCGCAAUAUGCGACAAGCGACCUGAUAUCCCACUUCCAAGAAGAUACACCAUUCUCUGCACAUCUUAGCGUCAUGUUUCCGGCAGGUGCACCACCGCCCGAGUGGGACAAGAAGGGAGAGUACGUGGACGGGAAUCUAGUCGUCUUCGGAUGGACGAAGCGGCGGAGGUUGCUUAAGAUUGGCAAGAAGAUGACGCUGCGCGACGUGUGCAAGGCGGCAAAGGCAAAGGAGGGGGAGCCUGGAGAUGGGCUUGAGAUGCGUGAUGGGACGCUAACAUUCGUUGUGUUGCCCAAGGGUACCGAGGAGCAGAAGUGGAUGUCCGUCCAGCACAAGAUCUUCCGCACGGCCAACGCGCCCAAGACCGCUCCUGAUGAGACUGAGACCGCCGUCGCGCAGGCGAUCAUCGACCUCGAGAACAGCGCACCCGAGCUCAAGGCUGAGCUCCGCCCACUCCAGAUCUCCGCUGCCCGUGAGGUCGAUGUCCGUGGUGGCAAGAAGGCCAUCGUUAUCUUCGUUCCCGUCCCUCAGCUCAAGGCGUUCCACAAGGUCCAGCAGAGGCUGACCCGUGAGCUCGAGAAGAAGUUCUCGGACCGUCACGUCGUCUUCGUUGCCCAGCGUCGGAUGCUCCGCAAGCCUACGCGCAACUCCCGCGUACAGCAGAAGCGCCCCCGUUCCCGCACGCUCACGAGCGUCCACGACAAGAUCCUAGAGGACCUUGUCUUCCCCACUGAGAUCGUCGGCAAGAGGACGCGUGUUGCUGUUGAUGGCUCAAAACUCCUCAAGGUUUUCCUUGACUCCAAGGACGCCACUUCAUUGGAAUACAAGCUUGACUCGUUCUCGUCGGUGUACCGCCGCCUGACAGGGAAGGAUGUCGUUUUCGAGUUCCCCGUGCAGGCGCAGGAGUAG